AUGAAACAGUUUAAUCAAACUUCACAGAAAAUUAUGUUAGCGAUUCAAAUAACGAAGGCAUCGUUAUUAAUUUGUUUUUUCUUUAUUUUAUGGUAUCUUUUAUAUGAACAAAAUAAGUUAUUUUUAACUGGAGAACAAGCAAAUAAUACGGAAACACUUACAGAAGUUCAUUUAUCCUCACCAUCAACAUUAUCAUCGAAUAUAACCUUAAAUACCAUAAACAAUAACGAUAGCAUUGAAAACCCACUAAAUGAACUUAAAGAACUAAACAAAAGAUAUUGUGGUAACCCCACAUGUAAAUUUUUGUUUGUUUAUAAUUUUGGAGAACAAGAAACGAAAGCGAAUUUACAUUUUCGAUCAUUUAGUCAAUUGGCCGAAAAAUUGAAUCGUACAAUGAUUUUAACAAAUGUUGGAUCUUCUCAAAUUAGCGUUUGUCAAAAUUUUUCAUUUAAUUUAUAUUAUAAUGUUACUUUACUUAAAAAAGAAUUUCCUAAUGUUUUAUAUAAAUCAGAAGAUGAUUUUAUUCUUUGGCUUAAAGAACGUGAUCAAAUUAAAAACAAGUUGAAUAAUAUAAAUAAUAAUGAAGUUAUACCACCAUUAUCAAUAUUACAUUCUAACCUUCGAAGAUAUGAUAUAACAUCUGAAACAAUUUAUAGAAAUGUUAAACCAGUCGUUAGUUUGAGUGAAUGUCUUUCUAAAUUCGGGCCAUUUAUGAAUCUUACCGAUCCUAAUAAUUCUCGAGUAAAAUACACAAUAAUGGAUAUUACGAAAUUUGAUUUGAAAACAGAACAAUCACGAGCUAAAUUUUCUAAAUUGCUUAUUGAUGAUCUCUCCGUUAACGAAGAAAUUUUAUUAGUAAAUUCAUAUGUAUUAGAUCCUUUAUUCCCUGUAAUUAUGCCAGUUAUACCUUAUAAUGAUUAUAUAUUAAAUGAAGCUCAAAAGCUAAAAGAAAAAUUAUCAUCAUCAUAUAUUGGAAUUCAUUGGAGAUUAGAACAAUCAAGACCUGAAUUAUUACCAGAAUGUGCUCAAGGUCUCAUUAUAACAUUGAACAAAAUUAUGAAAGAAGAAGGAAUCGAAAAUAUUUAUUUGGCAACAGAUUAUCCUCUUUUAUCAUCAAGUUCACAAUCUGAUACAUUUACAAAAAUCACUAAUUAUCAUCAUGAUGCUAUAAGAAUGUUAAAUGAAACUUUUAAAAUAAAUACAUGGGUUUCCUUAGGAGGUUUGGAGCAAUUAAGAAAAAAUGAAAAAUAUGAUACAGAAUUUAUUGGUCCCGGAAUCCAAGGGAUUUUGGAUAAAUUAGUUUGUGUAAAUUCAAAUUAUUUUAUAGCAGGUCCAAAGGGUUGCUCAAGAAUUUUAUCUACAUUUACCAAAGCUAUUGCAGAUGAAAGAAGUAAUAGAUUAGAUAGUGGUUUAUUAAAUGUAAUUGAUAGAUGGAAAAUUCCUUUGUAA